AUGGCAAGGCAGAAGUCUCUGGGUUCAGGCAUACUUUGCAGCAACCUGGCUAAACGCACCAAGAAGGUUGGAAUCAUGGGUAAAUACGAGACCUGUUAUGGUGCCUCCCUCAGGAAAAUGGUAAAGAAGAUUGAAAUAAGCCAGCACACCAAGUACACUUGCUCCUAUGGCAAAACCAAGAAACGAGCUGUGGGGAUCUGGUAUUGUGGCCCCUGCAUGAAAACCAUCACUGGUGGUGCCUGGGCCUACAACACCACUUCUGCCAUCACAGUAAAGCCUGCCAUCAGAAGACUGAAGAAGUUGAAAGACCAGUAGAAGCUCCACCAUUCGAAACAUUGCUAGCCUAUAAUAAAUGGGUU